AUAAUAGAUCUUAUACUAAGUGUGGCUCCAGACUACACCUCCCAGAGUCCUAGGUCACUGAAUCUCAGCCUUCUAUUAUGACUCACAGUCACAGCUCUUUAAAACAAAGCAGGGGUAUGAGGUUUGAACAUAACAUUCGCCUCUAAUGAAUACCACCUUGGUACGGAUAGCAGCUCUGCACAGUCCUGGCAGCUGGAACCUGUUAGAAUAUUGAUUUCUGGGGUUGUUUUUCACUGAGCUGACAGAGCAUAGAAAGCUACAGAGUUCAGAGUGUACAAAACAUGACUCCUGCAGUUAGAUCUUUUAAGAAUCAGAAUUUCUUGGAAUUGAAAACAGAAUGCGUGAAAAAAGGAAGAUUGUUUGAAGAUCCAGAGUUCCCAGCGACUGAUGAGUCCUUGUUCUACAGCAAAGCUCCCCCACACAGUAUAGAGUGGAAACGGCCUGGGGAGCUUUGUAAUGACCCAUAUUUGUUUGUGGAAGGAAUCAGCCAUCAUGACUUACACCAAGGACAGCUGGGGAACUGCUGGUUUGUGGCUGCCUGUUCAUGCCUGAGUCUUCAUCGGGAUCUCUGGAAAAAGGUUAUACCAAACUGGAAGAAACAGGAGUGGGACCCAAAAAGACCACACAAAUACGCAGGAAUUUUCCAUUUCCAGUUCUGGUGUUUAGGGGUUUGGGUGGAUGUCGUCAUUGAUGACCGUUUGCCAAGCAUAGAUGGAAAUUUGAUCUAUUGCCAUUCCAAUGUGAAGAAUGAAUUCUGGUGUGCACUGCUCGAGAAGGCUUAUGCCAAGUUGUCAGGAUCAUAUGAAUCCCUAGAUGGUGGCAGCACAGCAGAUGCCAUAGUGGAUUUCACAGGAGCAGUUGUUGAAAAUAUCGACUUAACUGAUGAUAAAUACAGUGUUAAUGUGGCUGUGCAGACAAAGUUGUUUGAGGAGCUCCUAAAAGUUCAUAGAGGAAGCGGGCUGAUCUGCUCUCAUCUAAAGGCUCCUUCCUACAGUGACAGGGAGAAAGUCACACCUCUAGGACUUGUUAAAGGUCAUGCAUACUCUUUAACAAAUAUUAAAAAAGUGACAUUGGGCGAGAAGACUCUUUGCUUUGGAAAGACUACUAAACUGUUUAUGGUUAGAAUGAGGAAUCCAUGGGGAAAGAGAGAGUGGAGAGGCACAUGGAAUGACAAUUCUGAAGAAUGGAACAAAGUUAGCAGGUCUGAGAAAGAAAAGCUUGGGCUUACUGUGCGAAAUGAUGGCGAGUUCUGGAUGACAUUUGAGGAUUGGUGUAAAAAUUUCUCCAGUGCCGAUGUGUGCCAUGUAAUAAACACCUCCUUGCUCAGCAAACACAAGACAUGGGAAAAGGGAGAAGCACGUGGAAAAUGGACAGUAAAUGCAGACACUUUGCUGAAUCGCUCUGGAGGGUGUUUCAAUUACAAAAGUACUUUCCUUCAGAAUCCGCAGUACAUAUUUGAAGUAGAAAAAGAGGAAGAUGAAGUGCUUGUUUCCAUACAACAGGAAGAUCAAAGAAUUCACAGGAAGUCUGGCAAGGGAGACAGUUUUAUUAUAGGCUUUGAAAUACUUAAGGUGGAACAGAAUCGAGAGUGCAGGAUCCAUAUGAUGCAAGGACAGGUGAGGGCUGCAUCUUCACCCUACAUGAACCUAAGAUCUGUCUUCUUAAGGAAAAUUUUAAAAAGAGGAAGAUACAUCAUUAUUCCUACAACUUUUCAUCCAGGCAUAAGCUGUAACUUCAUCCUGAGAAUCUUUACAGAUGUACCCUCUGAUUUCAGGGAGCUUCGACUUGAUAAACCAAGUGUGACCUGCUGGAACUUGCUAUGGGGAUACCCAAAAAGAGUCAGUCAGGUGUCAGUACGGAGUGUGGAAGAAGUACACCCACAGGGCGAAACAGAAGGAGAUUUGUAUGUUAUUAUAAGAUGUGAACAUAAGGGUGUCACGUCUCAAGUCCAUCAAAAUGCGACCAGUGCUGUUUUUGACAUGAAAGCAAUCUUCUAUCGCAGGAGAACCAACAAGCCAAUUGCUGUUGAGGUCUGGGGGAGCAAGUUCAUGUGUGACCAGUUCCUGGGCCAAGUGCUCCUGGCUGCAUCGCCUAACGAUUCACAAGAAGAACAGACUCUCCAGCUGCAUAACAAGGAUGGGCGGGAAGCAGAGAAGAUGCCAGGACGGGUAAAUGUCAAGGUUGUCUCUUCGGAUGACCUGCUUGAACUGUGAAUGUGAGAUCAUCCUCCAGCCACAGACAGUGCUGCGAGCUAGGAGACACUGGCCCGUCGAGCUUCUCUGCACAGACGUUGUCUCUGUUCACAUGUAUAGGCCCUAGAGAUCUGCAUCUGUGCUGUACACCAGAAGCAUUCACAUAACAUACCCAACAGUAUUUGCUUUUGUAAUCAUUCUACAGAACAAUGUUAAGCUGGCCAUACAUAGCUUGAAUUUCAGACCAUUUCUAAAAAGCUGUCUGGAAUUUGAUUAGCAAGUGGUCCUCUUGUCCCUUGCAUAGUGCUUUACAUUAUACAGCAAGACAGUACAGUUACAACACAAGUCAAUUAAAAAAAAAAGUUAGAAGGGCUCUUCUCCUGAGAGCUUACAAUCUAAUAGGGAGAGAAACAUGGAACAAAAGUUAACAACUGUGAGGGAUGAGAUGAUGAGAAAUAAAAGAUCCAGUUGUUAGCUAAAGGUAGGUAGGCUUCCCUCAAGAGAUGAGUUUUCAGGCAUUUUCUUAAUGUGGACAGAGUAGGAAAGUACUGGACAGAUUGGGGUAGAAAAUUCCAGAGAAUGGGAUAGACCAGAGAUCCUCAAACUAUGGCCCUCCAGCUGUUGUAGAACUACGCAUCCCAUGAGGCAUUGUAACACACAGACAUGACUGGGCAUGAUGGGAAUUGUAGUUCCUGAACAACUGGAGGGCCGUAGUUUGAAGACCCCUGGGAUAGACUCUGAAGACAUUAAGGAGCAUGGGAAGGGGAGAAAUUGAGCAGUAGGGGGUCUUGGGAGAAAUGGAGAGAAUGGUUUGGGUGAUCUACUGACACAGGAUCAGUAAUGUAGUUUUGAAUGUUGUUAGUAUUUUAUUCACUGGACAUUAAGAAGCCAAUGGAGGAACUGCCAGAGGGGUAGUGGACACUGAGCAGUUGGUAAGGUAAAUGAGUCUGGCAAUAGGGUUCAUGAUCGACUGAAGCAGAGUGCCUGCAUAAAGAUAGAACUAUGAGGAGGGAGUUGCAAUAGUCAAGGUGAAAGAUAAAAGGAAUGGCUUACUUGGUGGUUUCAUUAUUUAACCACUUGACCACCGGGCCUAUUUUGGCACUUCUCUCCUUCAUGUAAAAAUCUAAAUUUUUUGG